CCUCAUCGUAUGGACCUCAGACAUUAUGGGGAACACAAAGACUAAAAUCAAAGGCACAGAACAGGUGGACGGGGCAGAGCUGCAGCAGCCGAGGAAUAACCUACAGUCUCCGUAUCGUCCUGCUACUGCUGAUGCCAAGAAGAAGAAGAAGACAUCACCACAGUUCCUGGAUGGAUCCAAGGUCAAUGUUCUCAACUCAUGGGUUUCAAAGCAUAUUAAGAAGAAAGAAUGUGUGGCUUUUACCCCCAGAUCAACGGGAGAGGAAGACAUCUGUGGCUGUGGUCACACCAGAGAACUGCAUUUCCAUGGUUUGGAAAUGAAAGUGGCACCUGGAAUCUCAUGGGACCCUCAGAAACAUGUCAAAGAAUUUCCUAGUGAUUCUCACGGGGACAUGACUUUCUCUGGAACCACAAGAACCUGGGCAAAGUAUGUGCGCGCCUCAUGUGACACGAACCCCAGUGUGUUAUUUGAACUUAUGACACAGCAAUGGGGGCUCAGCGUGCCCAGCCUGCUGAUAUCUGUGACCGGAGGAGCGAAGAACUUCAACAUAAGCCCAAGACUGAAGAACGAGUUUAGCUGGGGUCUGGUGAAAGCAGCACAGAGUACAGGUGCCUGGAUCAUCACUGGAGGGUCUCAUGCUGGGGUCAUGAAGCAUGUGGGAGAGGCCAUACGAGAUUUCAGUGGCAACCAUCAAGAGAUUGUCCUCAUUGGAAUUGCAUCCUGGGGCAUUGUCCACAACAGAGAAUACCUGCUGAGUGAAGCGGGUGGAGCUCCAGCCAUGUACCCAAUGGAUGAAGGAUCUCAGGGAGCAUUGUGCUGUCUGGAUAACAACCACACACACUUCAUCCUGGUGGACAAUGGGACACAUGGAAAUUACGGGGUGGAAAUUCCUCUGAGAACUCGACUGGAGAGAUAUAUUUCCCAACAAACCAUGUAUAAAGGAGGGGAGGCAUUAAAGAUCCCGAAUGUUUGUGUGGUGCUGGAAGGAGGCCCUGGAACCCUGGAUACGAUCUACAAUUCCAUGUGUAAUAACACACCAUGCGUCAUCGUGGAGGGGUCUGGGCGUGUUGCUGACAUCAUCGCACAAGUGGCAAAUCUUGGUUCUUCGAAGAUUACCAUAUCUCUUAUCAAGGACAAGCUGAAGAACCUCUUCCAGGACACUUAUGAGAAUUUCACAGAAGCUCAGAUCAUCACGUGGACCAAGAAGAUUCAAGACAUUGUGCGAAUGGAGUCUCUGCUCACCAUCCUGAGGGAAGAGAAAGUAGGAGAUCAGGAAGGAAUGGACGUAGCUAUCCUGCAGGCUUUACUAAAGGCAUCUCACAGUGCUGACAACUUUGGACAAGAAAACUGGUACCAUCAGCUGAGGCUCGCUGUGUCCUGGAAUCGGCCAGAUAUUGCUGAGACACAGAUCUUUACUGAUGACUGGACUUGGAAACCCUCGGAUCUGUACCCUUGCCUGACGGUGUCCUUAAUUGAGGAUAAACCUCUCUUUGUUCGCCUUUUCUUGGAGCGUGGAGUCAGUUUGUUAGAAUACGUCACUUGGGAAACUCUAACAUACUUGUACAAUAACACGGACCCUUCCAGUGUGAUUCACAGCAAGCUGGAGAAAAUGUCAACUGGGGAAGUAUCAAGGCAACAAGUUGAAUCCACCAUUAGCAUGCACCAUGUGUCCCUUGUCCUGCAAGAGCUUCUAGGAGACAUUACUGAACCCUUGUAUCGUGAAGAAAAGCAUCCCAAAAUCCGUGGUCAGGUAAACAUGAAGAUGAAUGGCAAAGUGUCUGUGAUGAGAAAACCCAAGAAGACUCAUCAGCUGAAGCAUCCUGUGCGCGAUCUUCUUAUAUGGUGCAUUGUUCAGAAUCGGGCAGAACUUGCAGAUAUAAUCUGGAGCUUGUGUCAGGACUGUGUAGCUGGGGCUUUGGCUUGCACCAAGAUCCUGAAGGCCCUUUCUAAAGAAGAGGAGGAUCCUGAGACCAUAGGACAGUUGAAUGUCUUGGCCGACGUCUAUGAGGAGCGGGCUGGAGGAAUCUUUUCUGAAUGUUCUCGAUAUGAUGAAAAGCGAGCAGAACUUCUCUUGAUCCGAAUGUCUUCACAAUGGGGUAAAACCACCGCCCUAGAACUUGCUAAGGAAUCCAAAGCUCAGAACUUCAUGUCUCUUGGAGGAGUGCAGAUGUUCCUCAUGAAGACGUGGUGGGGGCGGCUGUCGGUGGACAAUGGUUUCAUCCAGAUAAUUCUAUGUAUGUUACUAUUCCCACUCAUCUACAGCGGUCUGGUCACAUUCAGGAGAGGAUAUGUGUCGAGCUCCUCUGGGAUUGAAGGAGGAAUAAAUGAGCGUCAUAGCAUGAGACUCCGGCCUGAGCAGAGGAACCACCGAGAACGUCGUAGCUAUGGACCUAAACCGUACAGCUGUCUCUGGAAAUUCAUGGCUUUCUAUAACGCACCAAUAGUCAAGUUCUACUACAACGUGGUAUCAUACAUUGGCUUCCUUUGGCUUUUUGCUUAUGUCUUGAUGAUUGAUUUCCAGACCACACCAUCCUGGAGGGAAUACAUAUUGUAUGCCUGGGUUUUCACCAUCUUGACUGAGGAGUUGCGGCAGUUACUUUAUGAUCCAAAUCAGCACGGAUUUGUGUUAAAAUCUGUCCAGUACAUCUCUGAGUUUUGGAACCAGGUGGACACAGUGGCAUUGCUGUUAUUUAUCGUAGGGCUGAUCAGCAGAUUAGUUAGCGCAAACACGGUCUACUUGGGUCGUGUAUUCCUGUCUCUGGACUUCAUGAUAUUCUGCAUUCGAUUCAUGAACAUAUUCAUUGUCAGCAAAGUUCUAGGUCCAAAGAUCAUUAUUCUUCGUCGAAUGAUAAUGGACAUCUUCUUCUUCCUCUUCCUUUUGGCUAUCUGGAUCAUAUCCUAUGGAGUUGCUAAACAGGCAAUUCUGGUCCCCAAUGAAGAACGCUUGCACUGGAUCUUUCGAAAUGUUGUCUAUGGGCCAUACCUCACCCUUUUUGGACAAAUUCCAACCGAUGUGGACAGUUUAAACUUUGACCCAAGUAAAUGUACCGAGGACGGCACUAACUACACCUUGCCUAAAUGUGUCUACAAUGAUGGAAAUGGCAAUCCUCUGUUCCCGGAGUGGCUGACCAUCAUACUGUUGUGCUUGUAUCUGCUGCUGGCAAAUGUUCUUCUGCUCAAUCUUCUCAUUGCCAUGUUCAGCUUCACCUUCUCAGAGAUUGAAAGUCAUGCGGAUCAGGUCUGGAGGUUCCAUCGCUUCGGUCUGAUAAAAGAAUAUAAUGAACGACCAGCAGCUCCUCCCCCGCUCAUCCUCUUCUCCCACAUCUACAUGCUCAUCAAGCAUCUCAUCUGCAGACGUCCAGCGCGGAGCCACAAGGUGCUGAGACGUUUGACAGAUGAAGACCAAGAUUUAACACUGAUCUCCUGGGAAUCCUACAUGAAGGACAGUUAUCAGCAAAUGCAUCAACAGCAAAGUGGUCAGAGCCAAGAGCAACUGGUGAAGAAAACUGCAGAGAGUGUCUCUGCGAUGGUACGCCUAUUUGAUGUGGAGAAAGGAAGUGUGGGCCACCAGAUGGAGAAAAGGCUGUCCAUGCUGGAGGAGCAGAUGGAUAAGUCCGCACAGUACCUCCACUGGAUUAUUUCUGCCCUGACUGAGAAAGGUUUCAGCAGUAAAACCCGGAUUUUAGUGCACAGCAGCUCCACAGAGUCUGAGGUGAAGACAACACCGGCCACAAAUGGAGAUAAGAAGUGUCUGUACCACGUGAACUCCAGGAUCCUGCAGUAUCCCAACUUUGGAGCCGCUCGUCAGCCGGUGCCAGAUGAACUUGUGCCAUGGGAGGUGGAGUUCCCUGACUACAAUCCUCCACUCUAUAAUGCAGAGAGAUAUGACCGGGGAACAUACAACCCAGCACAAGAAAUGCAGCAGCAGAAGAGAAAAUACAAUGGUGUGGACGGACUACUGGAUUUCCGAAGCUGCCUGGGAACAUAUCAGGUGGAGAAUGGACUCCCCCUGAAUCCAAUGGGAAGAACCGGACUGGGAGGAGUUGGAAGUCUGCGCUGGUUUGGACCUAAUCACUCCCUGCACCCAGUACUGACCCGGUGGAGUAGAAACAAAGAGGGUGGUCUUAAUAAGAAGAUGUCCCAGAGAAUGCUGGAGGUCCUGGCUGUGAAGCUGAGGGGUAAUGAGCUGUGGGCACUGCCAGGGGGGACUCUUGAACCUGGGGAACAGGUUCCGCUUAAGUUCCAAGUCCUCCUCAAUCGUGGAUAUCUGAGUGAGUUCUUGGCCUUGCUUGGUGCUGGGACGGAGAUUUUCCAUGGUUACCUGGAUGAUCCACGAAACACGGAUAAUGCCUGGAUCGAGACCUUGGCCAUUAAUAUUCACUUUGACACUCAAGAAUCUAACAACAGAUUUAUUCAGAACUUGAAAGAGUCUGAUUUUGAGGUGUCACUCCGGUGGCAGCUCCUGGACCACAAGAUUCCCCUCUUUGCCAACGAGAAGGAGAUCCUUCAGAGAACAGCAGAGCAUCUGAACGCUCACUACUAAGUGACAAGUCAGUCCCUCUCAGAACUUAUGGGCACCUCAAUUAUAGCCUGAACACAAAGUGAAUCAGGGACUGAGGACACAAGCGGCCAAAGAACCAAAAAGACCCAUAGCUGCACUUACAGGAAACCUAAAGGAACCACAAAGACUAAAGAUCACAGGAGUAGCUGCCGUCACCUUAAAAAAUGACCAGCACUGAACCCUCCUGCUGCAAACACAAUCGGCCAUAGACUCGCUCAUCUGAAGAAAAGAGACAGAACCUACUGGAAAAUGUAGACCCGGACAGUUCUCUAGUGGAGUGGUUAUACCACAACCUUCCACACAAAGAAUCCCAGUAUUAUAACACAAUGGUGGGAAGUAACGACCACCAUCACAUGUAGAGUCAGAAUAAACAAAAGGAGGCCACCCACCAUGUGCCACAUAUAAUAACAGGGAGUUUUUUUGUGUGGCAGAUAGAUCUUUGAGACCCCCCCAGAACACGAGUACAACUUAUUCCUCUGCACCCCUUACAGCUAAACCAAUGUGUAGUGUUACAAGAUAUGACCAGUCCUCCCAGUAUUAUAAUGCUAGAGUAGGCUCUAAUAGGGAAGAGUGAAAUUCUUGAAAUUCGUUUCAUGUCCAAUUUGCCAAAUUUUUGAAAACCUUAGCUUUAUAUCUGAAUUGAUUCUAUGUAAAUCAAAGUAAAUCCAAUUGCCCUGAAACUCGGUAUAUGACUCCUUCUGGUCUCCUUUUU